AUGGAGCCGGGGGGCCGGGCCCGCACCGGUCCCCCGCAGCCGGCGGCCCGGGGGCUGUGGAGGGCUCGGCCGGCGGGCGGCGGCGGCGGCGGCGGCGGCGGUGGGGGCGCCUCCUCCUGGCUGCUGGACGGGAACAGCUGGCUGCUGUGCUAUGGCUUCCUCUACCUGGCGCUCUACGCGCAGGUGUCCCAGUCCAAGCCGUGCGAGAGGACGGGCUCCUGCUUCUCGGGCCGCUGUGUCAACUCCACCUGCCUCUGCGACCCGGGCUGGGUGGGGGACCAGUGCCAGCACUGCCAGGGCAGGUUCAAGUUAACAGAACCUUCUGGAUAUUUAACAGAUGGCCCAAUUAACUAUAAGUAUAAAACUAAAUGUACAUGGCUAAUUGAAGGCUAUCCAAAUGCAGUGUUAAGAUUAAGAUUCAAUCAUUUUGCUACAGAAUGUAGCUGGGAUCAUAUGUAUGUUUAUGAUGGAGAUUCAAUUUAUGCACCUUUAAUAGCUGUACUUAGUGGUUUGAUAGUCCCUGAAAUAAGGGGAAAUGAAACCGUGCCUGAAGUUGUUACAACAUCUGGCUAUGCACUGUUACAUUUUUUUAGCGAUGCUGCAUAUAAUCUAACUGGUUUCAACAUUUUCUAUUCAAUCAAUUCUUGUCCUAACAAUUGCUCUGGUCAUGGGAAGUGUACAACUAGUAUCUCUGUUCCAAGUCAAGUAUAUUGUGAAUGUGAUAAAUACUGGAAGGGUGAAGCUUGUGAUAUUCCUUACUGUAAAGCCAAUUGCGGCAGUCCAGAUCAUGGCUACUGUGAUCUAACAGGAGAAAAAUUGUGUGUCUGCAAUGAUAGUUGGCAAGGUCCUGAUUGUUCUUUGAAUGUUCCUUCUACUGAGUCUUACUGGAUUCUGCCAAAUGUUAAACCCUUCAGUCCUUCUGUAGGUCGGGCUUCACACAAAGCAGUUUUACAUGGGAAAUUUAUGUGGGUGAUUGGUGGAUAUACUUUUAACUACAGUUCUUUUCAAAUGGUCCUGAAUUACAAUUUAGAAAGCAGUAUAUGGAAUGUAGGAACUCUAUCAAGGGGACCUCUCCAGAGGUAUGGACACUCUCUGGCUUUAUAUCAGGAAAACAUCUUUAUGUAUGGAGGCAGAAUUGAAACAAAGGAUGGCAAUGUCACAGAUGAAUUAUGGGUUUUUAACAUACAUAGUCAGUCAUGGAGUACAAAAUCUCCUACUGUUAUUGGACACGGUCAGCAGUAUGCUGUGGAGGGACAUUCAGCACAUAUUAUGGAGUUGGAUAGUAGAGAUGUUGUCAUGAUCAUAAUAUUUGGAUAUUCUACAAUAUAUGGUUAUAUAAGCAGCAUACAGGAAUACCAUAUCUCAUCAAACACCUGGCUUGUUCCGGACACUAAAGGAGCUAUUGUACAAGGCGGAUAUGGCCAUACCAGUGUAUAUGAUGAAAUAACAAAGUCCAUUUAUGUUCAUGGAGGCUACAAAGCAUUACCAGGCAACAAAUACGGAUUGGUGGAUGAUCUUUAUAAGUAUGAAGUUAACACUAAGACUUGGACUAUUUUGAAAGAAAGUGGGUUUGCCAGAUACCUUCAUUCAGCUGUUCUUAUCAAUGGAGCUAUGCUUAUUUUUGGAGGAAAUACCCAUAAUGACACUUCCUUGAGUAACGGUGCAAAAUGUUUUUCUGCCGAUUUCCUGGCAUAUGACAUAGGGUAUUGUGAGGGUACAAACAUUAUGGUUACACUUUAUGUCUUUGCCUCACCCAAGCGAGGGUCCAUGUACAUAUUUGGGGGAUUUUCUAGUGUCCUCCUUAAUGAUAUACUUGUAUACAAGCCUCCAAAUUGCAAAGCUUUCAGAGAUGAAGAACUUUGUAAAAAUGCUGGUCCAGGGAUAAAAUGCGUUUGGAAUAAAAAUCACUGUGAAUCUUGGGAAUCAGGGAAUACUAAUAAUAUUCUUAGAGCAAAGUGCCCUCCUAAAAUAGCUGCUACUGAUGACAGAUGUUACAGAUAUGCAGAUUGUGCCAGCUGUACUGCCAAUACAAAUGGGUGUCAAUGGUGUGAUGACAAGAAAUGCAUUUCGGCAAACAGUAACUGCAGUAUGUCUGUCAAAAACUACACCAAAUGUCAUGUGAGAAAUGAACAGAUUUGUAACAAACUUACCAGUUGUAAAAGCUGUUCACUAAACUUGAAUUGCCAGUGGGAUCAGAGACAACAAGAAUGCCAGGCUUUACCAGCUCACCUUUGUGGAGAGGGAUGGAAUCAUGUUGGGGAUGCUUGUCUUAGAAUCAAUUCCAGUAGAGAAAGCUAUGACAAUGCAAAACUUUAUUGCUACAAUCUUAGUGGAAAUCUUGCUUCGCUAACAACCUCAAAAGAAGUAGAAUUUGUUCUGGAUGAAAUACAGAAGUAUACACAACAGAAAGUAUCACCUUGGGUAGGCUUGCGCAAGAUCAAUAUAUCCUAUUGGGGAUGGGAAGACAUGUCUCCUUUUACAAACACAACACUACAGUGGCUUCCUGGUGAACCAAAUGAUUCUGGGUUCUGUGCAUAUCUAGAAAAGGCUACAGUGGCGGGCUUGAAAGCUAAUCCUUGUACCUCUAUGGCAAAUGGGCUUAUCUGCGAAAAACCUGUUGUUAGUCCAAAUCAAAAUGCAAGGCCAUGCAAGAAGCCAUGCUCUCUAAGGACAUCCUGUUCCAAUUGUACAAGCAACGGCAUGGAGUGUAUGUGGUGCAGCAGUACGAAACGAUGUGUUGACUCGAAUGCUUAUAUAAUCUCUUUUCCAUAUGGACAGUGUCUAGAGUGGCAAACUGCCACCUGCUCUCCUCAAAAUUGUUCUGGAUUGAGAACCUGUGGACAGUGUUUAGAGCAGCCAGGAUGUGGCUGGUGCAAUGAUCCUAGUAAUACUGGAAGAGGACACUGUAUCGAAGGAUCUUCACGGGGACCAAUGAAGCUUGUUGGAAUGCACAACAACGAAAUGGUUCUUGACACCAAUCUUUGCCCCAAAGAAAAGAACUAUGAGUGGUCCUUUAUCCAGUGUCCAGCUUGCCAGUGUAAUGGACAUAGCACUUGCAUCAAUAAUAAUGUGUGCGAACAGUGUAAAAAUCUCACCACAGGAAAGCAAUGUCAAGACUGCAUGCCAGGUUAUUAUGGAGAUCCAACCAAUGGAGGACAGUGUACAGCUUGUACAUGCAGUGGCCAUGCAAAUAUUUGUCAUCUGCACACAGGAAAAUGUUUCUGUACAACUAAAGGAAUAAAAGGUGAUCAAUGCCAAUUAUGUGACUCUGAAAAUCGCUAUGUUGGUAAUCCACUUAGAGGAACAUGUUAUUACAGCCUUUUGAUUGACUAUCAGUUUACCUUCAGCUUAUUACAGGAAGAUGAUCGCCACCACACUGCCAUAAACUUUAUAGCAAACCCAGAACAGUCGAACAAAAAUUUGGAUAUAUCAAUUAAUGCAUCAAACAACUUUAAUCUGAAUAUUACAUGGUCGGUUGGCUCAACAGCUGGAACAAUAUCUGGGGAGGAGAUUCCUAUAAUUUCCAAGACUAAUAUAAAGGAAUACAGAGACAGUUUUUCCUAUGAAAAAUUUAACUUCAGAAGCAAUCCUAACAUUACAUUCUAUGUGUAUGUCAGCAACUUUUCCUGGCCUAUUAAAAUACAGAUUGCAUUCUCACAACACAAUACAAUCAUGGAUCUUGUGCAGUUUUUUGUCACCUUCUUCAGAGUGUUCCUGUCUCUCCACAUCCUCGCCCAACUGCUUCGAGAACGACAGCAGAUGGCCAGCCGUCCUUUUGCUUCUGUUGAUGUAGCACUGGAAGUAGGAGCUGAACAAACAGACUUUCUGCGAGGGCCAUUAGAGGGGGCGCCCAAACCCAUAGCCAUCGAACCGUGUGCUGGGAACAGAGCUGCUGUUCUGACUGUGUUUCUUUGUCUUCCACGAGGAUCAUCAGGUGCCCCUCCCCCUGGACAGUCAGGCCUUGCAAUUGCCAGUGCCCUAAUAGACAUUUCACAACAGAAGCCUGCAGAUAGUAAAGACAAGACUUCGGGAGUCCGAAAUCGAAAACACCUCUCGACACGUCAAGGAACUUGUGUCUGAGAAAUGGAGACCACUCCUGUAUAUUCUGUAAUGUUUUAUUUUGUAAAUGGCUUCUGUCAAAAGCUGUUCUAUGGCCUCAGAUUUUAUGGUGGCAAAUCUGUGUAUGAUCCGGGACCCAAGUACAGUUUCCU